AUGACCAUGUCCCAUCACGUCCUGUCCCACCUUCCAGUUCUCCAGGCCGCCUUGGGCGCCGACUGUGAGAUCUUGCGCGACCCCCAAGACGCACGCUUUCAGCAACGUCUAGCUCGAUGGACUGAUAUUGACCGGAAGGUUCCGGCUGCCAUUGUUCUUCCUCGGACGGAGGAUGGCUGUCUGAAGACGGUGCGAUGGGCCCUCAAAUUAAGCAUUCCAUUUGUGCCCAAAAGUGGUGGUCAUAGUCCAUGGUCAACCAUUGGAACAGAGGGAAUCAUUAUCGAUCUCAGCUUGCAUUCUGAUGUUCGCGUUGAUGCGGGUGCAAGAACAGCAACCGUGAUUGGCAGUGUUCUGGCCAAGGAAGUGUCUGUGCGCCUAGCAGAAGCGGGUCUUUUCACAGCACUCGGAAAUGGCAACAGCGUUGGUGCCAUCCCAUACCUGCUUGGUGGCGGUGGCUCGAUCACCAAUUCCAUCACCGGCUUCGGAUCGGAUCAGAUUCUAGCGGCGCGCGUAAUCACAGCAAAGGGGGAGCUGAUCGAAGUUACAGAAGAAACACACCCAGACCUACUCUGGGCAGUAAAAGGAGCUGGCCAAUUCUUUGGCCUCGUCACACAGCUCACCGUUCGUGCGCACCCUUUGUCGCUACUGCGGAAACAACAAGGCCUGAUCUGGGUGGGGGGCUUUAUCUUCCCACUUGAUCGGGCGGUGGAGGUGGCUCGAGUUAUGAAGCAGAUCAUGGAUGAUCCCCAGCACGCGACGGCGGGCCUCAUGAUGAUCAUUGCCCCGCCACCCGCGCGCAUUCCAUCUCUGGUGAUUUCCGCCCGCUAUACCGGUGAUGAAGCUCCCGAAGUGCCAUUCAAAGCUCUGUAUGAUCUUCAGCCCACCGCCACAACGGGAAGAGAGCUACCCAUUCAGAAUGUCAGUGAUGAGCGAGAAGCGCUGUGCGCGAAAGGCGACUUCAAGAGAUUCGGUAUCGUAGGGUUGCAUGAAUUUCGUACCGACGGAUUCGUGCAAGCCAUCGAAGUCUGGAAGAAAUUGAUGCAUGAGUGUCCUGAUGCCAUUAACUCAACUUUCAAUCUACAGUGGGACUCACGACCAGUCAAGACGCCCGAGAAGGAGUCUGCCAUGUCGUCGCAUGAUAUCCGCUACUGGCAAGUCAAUAUUAUCUGGCAUACAGAUGAGAAGAACAGGCGCAAGGUUGACGAGUACAACGAUGAGUGCGUUGCCUUGAUGAGGGGGCCGGACGAAACACGGUACAUUGAUUUCCAGAACGCGACUCGGACGGGUCCUAUCCAGCGUCGGUACCGGGGAGAGGCUCGGCUAAAGAAGCUUCGACAGCUCAAAGGAGAAUGGGAUCCUCAGGGAGUUUUUACCAGGCAAUUGCUGGAUAUUGAUUGAUUCCAAACAAUUAACGAAUGGGACUGCUUAUAAAGACGGGCCGUUGUGCCCGAUGUCCAGAAUUGAGGCUUUAUGAGACUCAUUGACAAUUGCACUGCACUGGGAUUGAACCUCCAGAGAUAUCUUCCAUCGACGUAGCCGUGAGCAACACAGGAAUGAGAGAUGGGUCGCAUGUCUCAAACAUGCAUACUGUCGGCCUUGCGUGUCUUGUAGCCACGGCCAUUUUAUCCGCGGCGACCCGCGUAUUCGCAGAGGCUAGGCAUCCAACAAGCUCUGUAAGCUACUCCGAACCUCGAGAAGGCAUCACCAUUGUGUGAAAUGCAGCCUCUCGGGCACCAGAAAAACCACCAGCCCAGUCAGGAAGGUGAGCGAUUAGGACCACGGAAAAUAAGAAAC